AUGCGCUCCUUUUCAGGCUGUGAAACAUGCAGAAGCAGGAAAUUGAAGUGUGAUGAAAACAAGCCGAUAUGUGGGGCAUGCACCAAAUCUUCACGAUCAUGCAGUUACUCUAGAAGAUCAGUGUUUCGGCCAUUCCAGAAUUAUGGUGGGAAAAGUAAGAAUGACGACCUGAGUUUUGGUUCCGGAGAUGGUCAGCAUGUCUUUGAUGACGAUCACAUUUGGCUCCAUGUUCCCGAAGAACUUCAUUUCGUCUAUAUAGAGGAUCCCUAUGCUGAGCAGGAUGACACAAUAUUUGAUGCCACUUUCUCGGCAGAACAAACACCCGUCACGCCAUAUCGAGCAUCGGGGUGUUGGGGAGAUCACGGUUCUUCAAUCAUUAAUGGCGACUCGUAUGCAGAGGAGCCUGUUCUAGAAGAGACACCCAGUCAUGACAAGCAUGUUGCUGAUUCGAGACUCGCGACGCUCCAUCUGAUAAAGCAUUACAAACAAGGGCCCGGUACUUGGUUCGACAUAUUUGAUACUGGUUGUUACUUCUCUGGCAAAGUCCCCGUCAAAGCCGCUUCGAGUCCCCUCCUCAAAUCUGCCAUUUGCGCUAUUGCUGCAAAGCAUCUAUACCGUCUCAGGAAGAACAAGUCCCACUCAAGCUUAAGUUCAGAACCCCGAGACACCCUCUGGCUGUCGUAUGACUGGCGCUAUGAAUCUGCAAGACACUAUGACGAAGCCAUCAAUCAUUUGAGAAGCGCAGUGGACUUACAAACCUACGAGAAUGACCUCAGUGAGAAAGAAGAUAUGCUAGCGGCUGUUGCAAUUCUAUGCAUCUAUGAACUUAUGGAUGCACCCGGAACGGCAUGGAGGGCACACUUGAGUGCUUUACCGCUGUUCAAGUCGACAGAAGAUCCUUCGAACCUCGCCUCACCAAUAGUGAUUCCCAGGACCGCUAUACAAGGGCCUAUUCUCUGGAAUUUGGCGAGGCAAGAUUUAUUAUGCGCAUUUAUCAGCGAAACGCAGACCCGACUCGACUUGAAAGACGUCCGCCUCUGGCAAAACGCGGGUCUUGCAACUACAGAAGACGGCACUUUGAUGCCCUUCAGCCCUCUGUGCUCUGUAGAUAUUCGGACCUCAGCUGAUAUAGAAGAAGAUACCAAAAGCAAUGAAUUGACAUGGCUGAUAGGCAAGCUUUCAAACCAUCUCACAUCGGGCGACGCCAUCAAUCCUACAGACUAUGCACUACCCCAUGGUCAGCGGCCUUCAGUCGGGGUGACUCAGGAGCGUUUACUUGAGCGUUGGGAAUUAUUGAUGGCUGAAUUUGAAAAGUGGCAUGAGAGUCUUCCCAGGACUUUUACACCAUAUGCACGAACACCAUAUCCAUCAAGAGACUUGUCAUCACAGCAGUGUUUCGCCGCCUUCGAUCAGGUAUGGAUGUUCGCCAUUACGCAAAGGAGAUUUGCGGAAUCAGCCUCGCUGAUCCGAGUGAUCCGGUGA